AUGGCUGGCUGGGUGCAGCCAGCGAUCUUCAAUCCCGUCGACUGCCUCCGAAUACGCUGGCAAGUCUCAGUCGAUGAGACCACUUUCGCCAAGUUCACUGCAGAGCUGCUUCGAAAAGAGGGCCUCUGGCAGGGCUUGUGGAGACCGGGGCUUCCUUUCAACAUGUGCGCCGUGGCUGUGUCCCAAGGGCUCAGAAUGGGCCUGUACCCCACCGCGCGAGAUGCCCUGCAGACUUUGCUGCCGAGCGAUGGGCAGAAGUCCAGUGCAGCCAUGAUCGGCGCCGGCUUGAUGUCAGGGUCGUUUGCCUACUUCACCGGGGCCCCUCUCUGGCUUGUGAAGACACGAAUGCAGGCCGCAGUGCAAUUUGCUGCCGACGGCGCUUCUACAGCCGUGCAGAUCUACCCUGUGCACCUGAGCGACUACUGGCGGGGCUGUUCCCCUCUCAUUCUUCGUGGCGCGUUGCUGACGGCCGGGCAGAUGUUCGGCUACGAUGGCACAAAAACGGCCGGGCGGAGACUGGGCUACAAAGAUGGUCCGGUACUCCAUGUC